AACAUGUUGAAAGCUAACAGAACGCAAAAAGAAGCGGGUGACCUUCUCGGUACCUACAUGCUUCAAGGCUGGAUCAUGACCGAUGAGAUUUGUAGUGUAGAGUCCUGCUCCUUUCCUUUAAUGAGCUCCAAGGACCGAUCCCUUCAAUUCUGUACCUUUCACGAUUCACUUCCUAGCGGAUCCGCCAAUGAGAGUUAUAAGACAAAGGCUGCCGAACAAAAACCUAAAGAGAAUGAGGUAGAUGAUAUGCAGGAUGAAUUAAUGAUCCGUCGUCAAAGAAGAGAACAAUCUUCCAAGGCAUCUCAACUCAUUGGACAAAAAAUGUUGCAACGUUGGGCUUUAUUGAACGAGCAUUGUCCCAACGAAUCUUGUUAUGCUGUCCCUUUGGUUCGUAACCCAGACACCAAGCAAAUGUACUGUGUUAUUUGUGAGAAUAUUAUCUUAACAGAAGCCGAAGCGUUACAAGUUGAAAAGAACAAGAAGAACAAGCAAGCGGCUGAGAAGCGAGAACAACCACAAGCAGUCGAAGAGGUAAAGCCAGUGCAUUCACCCGUCUCACCUAAAAUGGCAGAGGAUCGUAAACGACAAAAGGUGGAGAAACCUACCAGUUUGGUAACACCUGUCAAGGAAGCCGUUUCCGAUUACUUUUCAUCCGAAGCAGUAGUAGCUGCACUUUCAACCAAAAUGAACGAAUUGUCUGAAAGAGUCAAGCAAUGUCAUGAUCCCAAGGAGUUGAGUGAGUUAUUUAAAUCAAUCAAACAUUGCGCUGGUGCAAUUCAAGCCUGUAUGGAGGCAGGUCAAGCGUGUGAUAAGAUCUCUUUUUAAACCGCUCUUUUUCGGUAUCAAUUUAUCCGUACUACCGUUUGAAAAUGUCUAGGGUACCUGUUCUAAUUCUGGCUCUUUUUUUUUUUUAUGUAAAGUGUAUAUAAUGGUAUAGAUAAAAUAUAUGUAUGAAGAAGGCUAAUAAAACUUUAUGAUGAAAGCUCAAG